CUUUGAUUUCACAGCGACAGUUUAUGAAAAGAUUAAAAAGAAAAAAAGAGGAACGUUUCCAAAUGCUCUCCGCCAUUACUGCUCCUCUCUGUUUUCUCUUCUCCCUUUUUCUUUUUUUAACUUUCGUGGGCCAUUCAUCGUCCUCCUGAUCCCUCUCUCUCUCUCUACAAAACCUCCCUCUUCCCCUUUCUCUCACUACCCCCCCCAUCUCUCUCCCUCUCUCUCUCUCAUGGCUUUUCGCCGGCAAACCAUUUCUGGUUUUGCCAAAUACCACCAUAACAUACCACUGUUCCAAACCGCCCUGUAGAAGACAACCAACAUCUCUGUUCUCUAAUUCCUCCUCUGUUUUGUCUCUGUAAAAACACAAUGGCGGCGGCAAUUUCUCUCUGCUCUGUCUUUCUUCUUCUUCUGACUCAGUGGGUCAACUCGGAGCCGACUCAGGACAAACAAGCGCUUCUCGAUUUCCUCUCUAAAACCCCUCAUGCCAAUCGGGUUCAAUGGAAUCCUUCCAAUUCCGUUUGUACUUGGAUCGGCGUCGAGUGCGAUUCCAACCAGUCGUUUGUUUACUCUCUUCGUUUGCCCGGCGUUGGCCUCGUCGGUCCGAUUCCGGCUAAUACCAUCGGGAAAUUGACUCAGCUCCGAGUUCUUAGCCUCCGUUCCAACCGUCUCUCCGGUGGGAUCCCAACGGAUUUUUCCAAUUUGAUAAUGCUGCGGAAUCUGUAUCUUCAGGAUAAUGCUUUCUCCGGCGAGUUUCCGCCGAGUUUGACUCAGCUAACUCGGCUGACUCGGCUCGAUUUGUCGUCGAAUAAUAUGUCCGGUCCGAUUCCGCCGUCUGUUGACAAUCUGACACAUCUGAGUGGGCUUUUCUUGCAGAACAAUGGGUUCUCCGGUUCACUCCCGAAUAUCUCCGCCGUGAAUUUAACAAACUUCAAUGUCUCUAACAACAAACUCAACGGCUCGAUUCCGAAAUCGUUAGCUAAAUUCCCGGAAUCCUCUUUCGCCGGAAACUUAGAUCUCUGCGGCGGACCAUUCCCAUCCUGCAGUGGACCCUCUCCAACUCCGUCGCAAAACCCCCCACCGAUUGACGGAAUCAAAAAAUCGAAGAAGCUCUCCACGGCAGCGAUAAUCGGAAUAAUCAUCGGCGCUGUUUUCGCUGCCUUUCUCCUCCUCCUCUUCCUCAUCCUCUGUCUUCGACGGCGGUCCAAUAGGCAGCCGGCGAAAUCACAGAAACCACCAUCGACAGUGGGAACAACGGCGAGAACAAUCCCAAUAGCGGAGGCGGGAACAUCAUCAUCAAAAGACGACAUUACCGGAGGGUCAAUUGAGGCGACGGAGAGGAACAAGCUAGUGUUCUUCGAAGGAGGGAUUUACAAUUUCGAUUUGGAGGAUUUAUUGAGAGCAUCGGCGGAGGUAUUGGGGAAAGGAAGCGUGGGAACGUCGUACAAGGCGGUGCUGGAGGAAGGGACGACGGUGGUGGUGAAGCGGCUGAAGGAUGUGGUGGUGACGAAGAAGGAAUUCGAAACACAAAUGGAGAUUUUAGGGAAAAUCAAACACGAAAAUGUGGUUCCGCUCAGAGCUUUCUACUUCUCCAAAGAUGAAAAACUGCUCGUUUAUGAUUACAUCUCCACCGGCAGCUUCUCCGCCAGUCUCCACGGAAGCAGAGGCUCCGGCAGGACGCCGCUGGAUUGGGAUUCAAGAAUGAGAAUAGCAGUAAGCGUCGGCCGGGGACUAACCCAUCUCCACGUCGUCGGCAAGGUGGUUCACGGCAACAUUAAAUCCUCCAACAUUCUUCUCCGGCCGGACCACGACGCCUGCAUUUCCGAUUUCGGCCUGAACUCCCUCUUCGGCACCGCCACGCCGCCGAAUCGCGUCGCCGGCUACAGAGCACCAGAGGUCGUCGAGACCCGAAAAGUCACAUUCAAAUCGGACGUUUACAGCUACGGCGUUCUCCUCCUCGAGCUUCUAACCGGAAAAGCCCCCAACCAGCAAUCCCUUGGCGAAGACGGAAUCGACCUUCCACGGUGGGUCCAAUCCGUCGUCCGGGAGGAAUGGACGGCGGAGGUUUUCGACGCAGAGCUAAUGCGGUUCCACAAUAUCGAAGAAGAGAUGGUUCAAUUGCUUCAAAUUGCAAUGUCCUGUGUUUCGACUGUCCCCGAUCAACGGCCGACGAUGCCGGAAGUUGUACGGAUGAUCGAAGAUAUGAACAGUCAUAGAAGCGAGACCGAUGAUGGGUUGCGUCAGUCUUCCGAUGACCCAUCGAAAGGAUCGGACGUGAACACGCCGCCGGCGGAAUCUAGAACUCCGCCGCGAGUGACGCCGUAGAAAGGGCAAGAACCAAAACGAAUCUUAUUCCGUUAAAUCCAUAUUUUCUCGGGAAACAAACAGGGUAAGAACAUGGUGGGGCCUCCUUCAAAAUGUGCAUAAAAAGGAGCUAAAUGGUGGGUUUGAUUGAAGGAGAAAUUAUCCAAUUCUUCCAUUUCUAUUUCUUCAUGUUAUUUUAUUUUAGUUUGUAAUCAUUUUAUUUGAAUUUCUCGUUCUUAUUAAUCAAAGUUCGAUUUGUUAGAC